CUGUGACAGAAAAUUUUGUAAAUAAAAGUUUUAGUAAUGAAAUUUUGAAGUAUUUUUUACAUAAAACUUUACUAAAAAAAACGUACGCGCUAUCGAACGAUUAUCAUUUAAAAACUGCCACAGACGCUGGCGCAGUCACAAACUCAACCCUAAAUGUGGAUAUUUUUUAUUCUGGGCAUUGUUUUUAUCUCACUGCUAACUGUAGCGUCGUGGCUGCUUGUUUGUUUCGAUGGCUGACAAAGACAAUUACCAUAUUACCAAUUGGCCAAUUGUCGCUUGUCGGUCGCUGGUUGUCUGGUGCUGUGCAAAGCAAGAGCGUGUGGAUGUGUGUACGACCGUGUUUUUGUAAUGGUGCCAAUGUCUCUUGCCGGCGUUAGUAUACCAACUAGUGGCUGGGUUUAGUUGUUCUCCAAAGUUGCUGCAAUAAUUCAACAAUUCAGUGAUUUGUCAAUAUGCAGGUUUUUGCAAAAACAAAGCAAAAAUACCAACAAAAUGUCAAAUAGAAAUAAAAUCAAAAAUAAACAACAAACAAAAAUAACAAAAAAAAAAAAAAUAGUCAACAACUGGUAAUUGCGCGACUGCUCACAAAUGCGGCCAAUAAGUCGCCUAAAGACAGAGAAUCAUAACAACGCACAACCACAAACUAAGUAGCAUAAGCAACAACAACAACCAUUAGCAUUGAAAUGUAUGAGAUCUCCAUAAGAAGCUUGCAUUCCAUUCCAUAAGCCAACAACAACCACCAACUAAUCAUGCCGCACGUCCGAUUUGGCUUUGGUUCGCGCAAAGCUCAGCUCAGCCUUAAUCAGAUUCAAAUGUCGUCGUCCCACCAACAGCCAAAAGCCACCCAUUCCACCUGCGCCGAGCAGCACACGAAAUAUAAUAUUAGCAACAACAUGUCUGUGGCCAGGUUGUAGAUGCUGCUCUUUUUGGUGUGGCUGCUGGCAGCUGAGCGCAGUGCAGUGUGUCGCCGUUGGGGUUGUUGUAAGCCAUCUACCAUUGUAAUUCCAUUGAAAAUUCACAAUGACAUCUCAAGCCUUCAUUGUUCGGGUGUUGAAGCGUUGAAGCCAUUUAUUUGUUAUUGUUGUAAUUGUGUUUGUAUCGAGAGCGAAACCAACUCGAGGUACGAAAAUUGCUUACAAAGCAUAUGAAAAUACCUUAGAGGAAGAACCUUGGGCUAGCAUUGAUAUUGAAAAUCGUAGCUAAAUGCAGCACAAACAAUACUAUGUAAGUUAACAACAAAAACAAGCAAGCAUACAACAGCUGAGUAAACAACGAGACGUGCAUAAGCGGGCAGUUGAGAACGCAACGCAGUCAAGCUCCGGCAACAGUGGCGGUAAUCGAAAACUUGACACCCCGGAAAAGAGAAGGAAAUCAAAAAUAAUUUAGAAAAAAUAAUUAUUAAAAACGUUGGAUUUCGUAAAAAGCACGUGCCAAAGAGAAAAAGGAAAAUAUAUACCAAAAUCCCAACAACAAAAAAUAAAGAAAUAAGAUUCUUUUCUAUUUUAAAUAAGCGUGAAAAACUAUAGUACAUACAACUCAAAUUAUCGAAAGAAGUAAAUCGAAAUUUGUUUGUGUUUUGUGGCACGCGACGUGAUUUUUAUGAUGUUGCACAUGCAGAAAAACAAACGAAAAAGGAAAUAAAAAUACCAAGAAUAAUUGCAAGCAAAAGCAAAACAAAGUAAAAUUCAAGUCAGGAAAAACGCAUAGCGCAGCAAGUAUUUUUAGCUGAACUUGAAAUGCCUACAGAAUGUGAACGUACGACCGCCAACACGAGCCAAAACGUGCAACAGACGCAGCAGCAGCAGCAACAGCAACAACAGCAGCAGCUACAAGAAGAAGAGCAACUGCAAGCCGAUCAUUUGCAAGCAGAAGAAGCAGCAGCGGCAGCAGCUCAGCUUGAGUUUUAUGACGACAUGGAGGGCAAAGAGUUGAAUGGUGGCAAAAUGUCAACGUCCGCGACAAAUGGUCACAAUGGCAGCAACAACACAAAUGGUGUUGGAAAGAAAACGUCCAUAAUAUCGCCGGAUCCCACCCCUUACGUGACCAAGGCGCGCGUCACACGUCCGACUCCGCCGCCACCGUCCUACAAUCCAAUGCAAUUUGUACAGAUCAAACCAUGUAAUCUCUAUCAGACCGCACAGGAGCAGCUUAAGAAGGCUGAGGAAGUGAAAAAGAUAAAGGAGAUAAAGAAGGAGGAUCCCGAAGAUUGGCAAAAUAACUUGGACAAUUGGAAAUCGUCGCGUAGAAAACGUGUCGAGCACAUCAUCGAUCGAGUUGUAGAAGUUAAAAAACUCGAAUUAGAAGAACACGACCGUACACGAAGAAAAUCGAAAACGUUCUCCGAAAUGAUCGAAGAGAGAGGUGAACGUGGUGGUCGCGGACGCGUCAAAUUGGCCUCAUUAGCUGUUUACAAUGAAGAUGAAUCGAACGAUUUAAGCGAUCUUGGCAUUGGGACAAGCAGCGCCAGCGGCAAGAGCAGCCAAUCGGAGGACUACGACAACAACAGUGUUCUGAGCGACAACGCCGAACUGGAUAAGGCCAUAUUCGAGAACAACCAAAAACCGAGCAGCAUUCCUGCACGCGAAUACAUCUCCUCACCCGGUUACGCUACCUCAUCCAGCACCGCCCCCGGCAGCUCUCCCGACCCAUGCGAAUACACCUAUGAGGGCGCAAUCCAAGACUAUAAACAACGCGUAUCGCGCGCUAGUGGCGGCAACACUUUAGCAAAUUUCAAGCUCAAUAGCGUCAAUACAAGCGCAGGGCUAAAUUCUAAAAGCGCCUCCUCGAAAGAAACGUCACCGGACUGCGGCAAUGCCGCUGUGAGCGAUGCAUAUCCCACACGCCGAGGCAGUAAAAUUGAAGAUCGUCUAAUCGGCUUCGAAGUUACCUCACCUAGUGAUAGUCAAGAGGGUUUAGAAAAGAAAGUUGAUGUACCAAAAAUUGAUAUUUCGAAACGUAAGGAGAUUUUCGAAAAUCAAAAUGCCAAUUCAGAACCAAAGUCACUGAGCACCAGUGGCGGUGGUGGCGUUGCCGUGCCGCGCGUUACAUUGCGCGAUCGCUUUAAGUUGGACGAAAGUGCGUCCGGCAAUGGCGAGGUACAAGAUUCGACGCUGAAGCGCGAGGUCAAACGUCUAUCGGGUGACAUUACAAGCAUACGUUCGCGUAUGCAAAGUCUCGAACAACAACAGAACUUAGUCAAUACAACAAAUGGUGGCAGCACUGGCAAGGCGACCAGCGCAAAGUUGGUCGAUAUACCAGUGCCACCGCUAAAGGAUCGUUUAUCAAGUUUACAAAAUGCCGUUACCAAAGAAGAAGUGAAGAAGGCGCCCGUAGCACUUGUUGAUGCCCGUCAACUGGAGAUAAUGAAGAACGAGGAUGAGCAACGCAUUAAAUUAAUAGCGAGUGAGAAGAAGAUAGAGGAGGAGCAGGAGGAACAAAGUAACGCGAAAAAGAUUGAAGUAGCAGCGCUGACAAAUGAAACCCCAAUGCCACAGGAACUAAUCGUGAAAAUCGAUGCCCCCGAUGAAGAAGUCGAUCGCGACGACAGCGGAAUCCACACUGCCGACGGUGAAAUCACAUCAACUGAAGAUGGACUCUCCGAGCAGGAGCAGCAACUUAAUGCGGCAAUUGCAGCACUGGCGCUGGAGGAACAACAGCUAACUGAAGCGGCCAAUGCGGUAAACCAAAUAGAGGCGGAAUUCGAUGAACUCUCCACCAGCGCAGUGAACGCCAUCGCCAGCGACCUCACGGCAGUGUCAGCAAAAACAACCAACGAACAGCCAUGCGAAAUGGAAUUUAGUAUCAACGAAGCACUUGAAUUGGCGCUGGAAGCAAUUGACAAAGAGAGCAAAUUCACCAUGAAUGAUACAGUAAUAAAAGCAACAACCAAAUCAUUGAACACUGCUAAGAGCAAUCAUAAAAUCACAGAAAAACUAACUACAACAACAACAAUAAUAUCAUCAACAGAAAUGGCAACAACAAUUUCAAGCAAUAAUGCACAAGUCACUUGCUUGAGUCCAAAGGAUAAUGCGAACAAAACCGACGAAGAGAAGAAACUCAAAUACAAACAAGAAACUGCAGCAACUCUACAAAACUACGUAAACAGCAGCAAUAGCAACACAACAAAUAACUAUGAUGAACUGAGCAAUAAACUCACUUGUAAUGCUAAUAACAAUAACAAUAACAACAGCAACAGCAAUGCUGUUGAUAAUGCGGACGAAGUAGCUCGCGAGUUGCUCAUCGCGCAGGAACCAAUUUACGAGAAUAUCUCAGCCGCAUCUACGCGACAAGUAGAUGCUGAAGCGACACGAAUCAUUCCGGUGAGCGCAAUGUAUGACACCAACAACAAGGUGAACAAUGACAUCAAUAAUCAAACUGUUAAUCAAAUCAAUCAAGUAAACAAGUAUAAUAAUAGCAACAACAACAACAAUAAUAAUAAUAGUAAUCAUAUUAGUGAUAAUUCAAUAGCUAAUAACGCCAAUAAUUUGCUAAGUACUCUGACUAACAGCAACAAUAGCUAUAACACUAGCGAUAACAACAACACAAAUAAUGUCAAUGAAACUCUUAUUGAUCUAACAAAUGCUUGCGCUAAUGCUACAACAAUAACAACAGCCAACGGCAUAGCUGCGAAAGCCACAGCAACAGCAACAACCACAAACACAACAGCUUCUGCUACUGCUACUGCUUCGCUCAUAGCCAGCGAAAAACCGCAUGCUACUCUCAACAGUGUUGCAUCAAUGGCAGCAACGCAAGUUGCAACAACUACGCCAACAACCGUAUUUACUCAAAUUACACCAACAACACAGCAAUCCGAGUGUAAUUUAGCAACCAUGACUUCCUCAAAUCUGCCAAAUGUCAACAACCCUUCAGCCUUAGCCUCAGAUUCGUUAGUGCACAACCCAACGGAGCUGGUAGAUCAUGAACCCUACUAUCAAGUGCCCAAGUCUAGCGAGCCCUACUACGACGCACCCAAACAUCUGCGCCCGGUGCCGCUUUACGAGAAUAUCGAAGUUUUCUACACUGGGUUGGAAAACUCCACUUUGGCCGGUGGCACUGGUGCCGUACUUAAUGGCAGCUUCAAUUUGGAGCCGCCAAAAGAGAAGCCACCACCGCCGCCCGUUGAGUCUCCGCCGCCAUUCGAUGAUGUCGACAGCAUUGACAAUAACACAGACACUUGGUCUUCGGACAAUACAUAUGAGACGAUUUCAUCGCGCCUACCACACGUAAACGGUCUAGCUGGUGAUCAUCCUUCGCCACCCAUCAAGCGCAUGAACUCGACGAAGCGCAUCAAGAAGGAGUUACGCAAUAAACGUUCGAGUUUCUUGGGUAUCGACACGACGAAUAUUGAUGAUGAGGAGAGCUAUUUGGAGUUGACGGUGGCGCCGCCGCCAGACAUGGCUCAGUUAUUGCAGGAGGAGCGUCGCUUGGAGAAGCAAUUGUACCUGAAGGCGGGACUGUGCGACAGCUCAGAUACAGGCGAGAGUCGCGAUUCGGGUGUCUCCGAGAAUCAUUCGCGCCAGAGUAGCGAACACUACACGAACUCUUCCGAGGACAACGAUCGGCAAAUGGACUCACCGCCUCAUAGUCUUAAAUCGAAUGAACUCAUCUACCAGAAUGAAGCGCUGCUCACUGCUGCACAGACACCGCUUUUGCAAACAGUGAAGGGCAACUCCGCCGAAUCAUGGACCGAGUCCGCCACCGUCGCUGCUGCGGCCACCAAAUCGCUGACAGAGGCCACCGCCACAGCCACUGCCAAAAUGCUUUCUAUCGAGGAGAAGAUACGCGAGCAAGAGGAGGUAUUGCGCGUAGAACGCGAACUGCUGCAACUGGAGCAGGAAGAGUUGAAGCGUCAACGCGAGAAUUUGAUGCUACGCGAAAAUAUGGCACGUCGAGAGCUACAACAUGGCGCCAAAAUGCUAAUGUCCGCCAAUCGUCGUUCAUUGCAGGACCUCAAUGGCGUGGGCAUGUCAGUGGCCGGUGGACUACCACUACCAAAUGGCGGCACAAAUUUGGCCUACCACACAGCCGUGCCGCAGUAUGCGCUUGCCGCACAUCACAGCAUUCAACAACAGCCACAACAACAAUUCGGCGUACCGUUGAUAGCUGCGCAACAGCCGCAGCAGAUCUAUGCAAAUGUGCCAAAUCUACAAGAACAGUACUAUCAGGUAGACAUUGACUAUCGCAAGUCCAUGUCCGACCUGCAAGAAUUCUCCAAACGACACAUGUUGCCGCCCACACCGCCAACCAAACCAAUGCGUGCCAUGCACGUGGCUACUUCAGCCAACGCGCUUGCAACCAAUGCACCCGAUCACUUUGUAGCGCAACGGCACAGCUUAAACGCACAGGGUUACGGCGGAUCGCUGGUAAAAAUUGCCGCUCCCACUGCAGCGCCGCGCGGACAUACCGUUUACACCAAUCACCAAUACCACCAUCAGUCCACGCAGAAUUUGAGCAACAGCAGUGGCAGCGGUAGCAGCAACAGCAUUAGCGCCAUAACUACAGCAACGCUAGCACCCGUCGCCAAUGGACAUGCAGCGCUGCCUGGCAACAUGUCGCGCAACACGCUGCAUGCGCUCAGCGCCACACCAAAGCCCAAGUACACCGACGGCUGGGUGCAAGUGCAGCAGCGCAAAUCGUACGACUCGAAUCUAGCCAACGAUCCCGCUUGGCUGUCCGCAUACCAGCAAAAGCGCAAAUCCAUGCCAGAAGCCUACCACGCCUACAACAACCACUGGCUAGUUCAGGAGGCCGAACAGCGCCGCAUUACUGAGCAGCGUUGCGGUGGUUCGACCGGCACAACGCCGGUUCACAAGCAGAAUAGCAGCGCUGUAGGUGGUGGUGGUGGCAUGAAGAACGCCACCAGCGCUAAUGGCAACGGCAAACCACUGCCUGAUUCAAUUAUACAAACGCUCACAGAGCGAGUGCAGAGCAAGGGCAUUGGUGAGCGAAAACGAUUUGACAACUACAACACACAGAGCGCGGUUUCAGAUAAAAGUCCGCUGCAUGCUGCCUCCACUUACUACCAGCAUCAGCACCAGCUGUCACAGCCGCUAACGCCGUCACACCAGCGCCAUCUUAGCGGUGGUGGUGGUGGCGUUGGCGCGCCCAUUGCCGCAAUACCACCACAAGCCAAUGUGAACGCUUCGCCGGCGCAUCAGCAAGCACAAGCACAGCAGCAACAACAACAGCAACAACAGCUGCAACAACAAGACAAAGUGUUGAGUGUCAGCGGCAAGAAGAAGUGUUCGCAUUGUGGUGACGAAUUAGGACGUGGCGCCGCUAUGAUCAUCGAAUCUCUGCUGCUCUUCUAUCACAUCAAUUGCUUCAAAUGUUGCGUGUGUCAUGUACAGCUCGGCGACGGACUUAACGGAACGGAUGUGCGCGUACGCAAUCACAAAUUACACUGCCAGAAUUGUUACUCCAGCGACGAUGGCAUCAAAUUCAGCUGCGUCUGAGGGGAAAAGAGAAAAAACUAUAAAUCGAGCCAUAACUUAAUGCAGCUGCCAAUGAAUUAGAGCGAAAUGUUGGUGGAAUGUUUGAGAAAAGUGGGGGUGGAGAAAAAAGACGUUCCUGAAAUAGCAACACUUACGAGCAUUUCAGCGAGUGGUUGGUUGAUUGGUUGAGAGUGGCCUUAAGCACUGAAAUGCCGUUGAAUGUGACAAGUCAAAUAUACAUACAUACGAGUACUAUGUUUCAGCUUGUGCUGAAAAUAUUAAAUAAUUAGUGAAAGUUAAUUAUUUGCAUGUUUAUAUUUACAACAAACACUUUUUAAAAGUGAGAAUGUUUGAAAUUUUACUUUAAAUGAAUUUUACAAAAAUUUUAGGUAUAAAUUUAACAAAUUCGCGCUAAUUGCUUAUGAAUCAAAGAAAAAUCAAAAAGAUGGAAAUUAUUCAACAAUAAUAUGUGUAAAACGCAAAAUACAUACAUAUGUACAAUUAUACGUAUACCAUACUUACAUACAAACAUAUAUGCAGCUAAUAACGAAAGACGAAUUGUUCAAAAAUUAUACGCUAAUCGAUUUUUUUUUUGUUUUUUCACUUUUGAAAAAAUGUUCAUCGAUGCCGAAUAGCAAUUGCAACUAUCAUAUCCAAUAGUAGUUAUGUAUUUAUGAAUAUUAAAUUGUUGAAAACAAACGAGCAAUGCUAGUUGGAAAAUCAAAUUGAAUAAAAUAAAUUAAUAAAAAGCGAACGCAAUUACACACACAUAGCCCGAACGAGUAGGAGAUUAGGCAUAUGUAUGUUCAUGCACAUACACACCUACACGUACUAUAUACUAUGUCUAAUGCAGUAGUUGUGCAAAAGAGGAAAAUACAAAACAAAAACAAAA